AUGGGUCGAACUGAGGACAAACUUAAAAGGAUUUACUACGGGCCAGAAGGCUAUUGGAGAGGAGCGUCAGCUAUCAAGAAACUUGCAGCCGCUGCCGGGGUAUCAGAAGAAACGGCUAAGAACUGGUUAAGAAAACAAACCCUCUGGCAGGUUUAUCUUCCCGUGCCCAAGUACAUUCCCAGGCCUAGCUUCACCGUAAAUGCCCCCAAUGAAGUUCAUCAGGCGGAUUUGCUUUUCUUACCGCACGACAAGGUGAGAAGAAAGACCUAUAGAUACGCUUUGACCGCAGUUGAUAUCGCAAGCAGAUACAAGGACGCCGAACCCAUGACCAGCAAGGAUUCUGGGGAAGUCGCAGAAGCCCUAGGUAGGAUUUAUAAGCGCGGUUUGAAAUGGCCCAAGCUGCUGCAAGUGGAUGCGGGAACAGAGUUCAUGGGCGUGGUUACCAAGACUCUGAAAGACCACAGCACCAAGAUUAGAAGAGCCGGAGCAGAGUACCACAGGGGUCAGAGCAUCGUCGAAAGAUUCAAUAAGACCUUGGCCGAGCGUCUCUUUGGAUACCAGUAUUGGAAAGAACUGGAAGAUCCCUCCAAACGCAAUAGGGAAUGGACCCAGAGGCUCCCCCAGGUCAUCGCGGCUUUGAACAACGAG